UCAAAGUGAAAAACACCAAUGAGGCAUGGUACGAAAAUAGUGCGCAAAGUGUCAGUUCCGUAAACUCAUCACAACAAUAGUUUGUUAUUAGCCAAAAACACCAACUCUCGCGUUUAGUUAUGCGUUGAAAUGUGCCUCUAGGUAGCAACUAUACAACACACUUCGCAUAGCCACCUGUGGCGGAUGUAAUUGUUGACCCAACGAGUGCCUGUUUCAGUUGGAGGAGACCCGAAAGCUAUCAGCUUUAUCACACCGCAAGGAUUGCCCAAGUGCCCUUACAGAAGAAUGGUGAUAUCAGCAGACCAUGAGCGUAACGGGAUCGCCGACUUCUUUACGCAAGUUGACCCUGAAGUGCGAAAAGUAACGCUCGCCAUCGGAAACAUCAUCUCGAAAAACUCAAUCAAAGAGAUCACGUUGGAAAAAUCACUGAAUGUUAUGAUGGAGCAUUGCCGAGAUGCCGGGACGUUGCUGGCGAAAAAUAUUGUUAAAGCAGAGUACCUCUACAAAUACCUUCAAAGCUACAACAUCAAUUUACCUCAGGACAGUACAAAAGCGAUGCUCAUAGAGCACUGCUUGCAACUAUGGAGACGAAAGUAUGGCAAUCCUGCGGACGUUUCAAAUGUUCCAUCUUCCACCGACCUACCGGGACCAUCGUCUACUUCAUAUGCGUUUCCUUCAACCUCGGCCGAUUCGAGUUCAUCCAGUGGUACUACGCUUCAGAAUCACAUCGACAACUAUAAUGCCCUGGCAGCCGCUUCAAAUGGCGUAUUUUUCAGUGAAAAUACCAACGGUCCCGGCGAACCUGAAGAUGAACCGCCUGGCCUGGAGCAGUAUCCGGUGAAUUUGUUGGCGCUAGACUAUACGGUUUGGUUUUUCCUGAAGUGGAAUCGCAAUUCAUUGGAUGAAACAGCCUUCUGGAUUGAUGCCACCUGCACGGUGAUGCUCGAAAUCAGCGAAACGCAGCAGGGCACGGAGCAAGUUUGUGGGCCUCAGGACAUCAUUAACUUGAUCCUAAGUUUAAAGUUUCAGUACAGCUUUCAACUGGUUCCGAACAUUAUGUUCGACGGCUGCCAGGGGCGUAUUAUGGACUCGGAAGUGCUGGCACUGUCGUGUGGCGUGGUGUACAACAAUCAACCUGGACCGGACAAUCGAUUUGCGUGCCUUGGCGAAUUCGACACGCUGAUCGCACUCCGGCGGGAUCCGAUGGAAAAUAACAACUGGAAAGUACGGAUGCUAAAGCUGUACAUCAAGUACAAAAAAGUUGAUAAUCUGCCCGCAUUGGCAAACAGUAAAAUGCUCAACAAUUGUCUUAUGAUUCCACUAACAAUGGAUAUUGUUUAGGUAAAGCCUCAGAUGGUAACAUUCUUAGUUUUACGUGGUGUCGUUUCUCAUAGUCAAACCUGUACUUAACUGAACCAAUCCCCGAUCGGUAAUGUUUGUUCAAAAUUUUUGUUAUCAGCAAUGAUGUUUAAAUGUCGACAAAAAUUUAUUAAUAAAUAUUUUUGCGUAACUUUUA